GCGCGCCUGUGCGUGUGCGUGUGUGUGUGUACUCAUAUGAUGGCUCUUGUUUCUUGCUUCUAUCAUUUUACUUCAGAAUAUGAAUGCAGGACUUCCAGUUGUAAUGGGCUGCUGUAUGUUUACACUGUGGUAAAGGAAUAGUCUGCUGAAUAGUUCCUGCACCACUGGUCUGGGAUCUCCAGCGCUAUUGAAUUUCAAAAUAAAAGCUGCUUGUGUUACUUCCAAACAGUACAAUAAUAUUAGCUGCUGGGUGAUUUUUUUUUUUUCUUCUCCAGAUCAGUCCCACAAUAAAUUAGAAUAUAAUGAGUGUUACAGCUUUUCCUGUGGGACAGACAGAGCUCGUGUGGGGCAGAGCUGAGGAAACAGGCGCAGUGUGAAGGAGACGUCCCGGGCGCUUUUUCAUUGUUAUCUAUCGGGAUCAGGGCGCAUCUUCAAAGCUGCGGAGAUAAAGAGCUCCAAAAGGCUGAAGGGACUCCUGCCUUCACAGCGACAGAUCACCGAUAAAGGAGACAACCAGGCCCAGCCUCUUAUCUGCAUUGUCAUAUAACUAAACGAUCAGUUUAGCAGUAUUGUCCCUGAGCUGGUGCGUGCAGAGCUCUCUCAGGGGAGGGCCCGCAAAUCCCACAGGUUAGACGCUGUCUGACGGAAAGUUGUGUCUCGGUUUAUUUGGCGCCUAAAAGACAUGAUGUGAAACUGUGAGUCACCGUGUUGACUGUGUACAGAGAAGCGGAGGAGGCUGAGCAUUUAUCUUUAGAUAACUCCACUGAGUUUAUAUUGAUCUUGUACCUGUUGUAUUAUAAGUGCGAUAUGUCAUCCUUCAGUAUGUGAGGCAGUCAGUCUCAGGAUCACCCAGGUCUGUUUCUAUGGGCUGGUUUGCGCUCCAAGGGUUUUCCCAGCUUCCUCGCAGCUUGUUUUAGCAUAUUUACAUUUGAACGGGCCGACAAUCCACUGUAAUUGUGUUGCUACUGUAAUGCCUUUGAUCCGUAAUGUUUGAAGCGCCUGUGCCAAACGCUGGCUGUUGGGUAGCUGGCGCCAGCAGCUCACCGGGGUAUCAAAGACGCGUCAAAUAAGAAACCAUUGGAGGACGGCAGUAUGAGCCCCCGUUUGAUAACACGAGUAAAAUCUGCGAGGUGAAGUUCUCACUGGACAGGAUUGUUUUUGGUUUUGUGACGCGACAGUGCAGAGGGUGUUACUGUCGCUCUGAAGCUGAGUUUGACGCGCACACUCACUGUCCUUAUUAUAGUCCAUUUCCCGUUUGGUCACUGGUGAAUCUCUGUAAUAGACCCAUUGUUUACACGAUAGUCAGUUCAGUCAAAGUGUAUCAGCAAUAACCAGAAGCCAAAUGACAGAUCUGUGCUGAGAAAGAAUCAUUAAAAAAAUGAAAAAAACAUUUCUUUGGUCCCCCUGUAUUUUCUAUUUUCUGCACUGAACCAGGAAAUAUAAUGUCAUCACACAUCAGGUCCAAUGAAUCACCUUUAAAGCAUGGAUCACUGUGAUAAGGAUUAAGGAGCUAUUUUGGAGCUGCACCUUGAAUACUAAAUGACUAAAGAUAUAUCCAGUGGUGGAAGAGGUGCACACAUCAGUUGCUUAUGUAAAAGCAAACCCACUAUAUAAAGUACUCCUUUAUUAGUACAAGUCCAGGGCUAUGAACUUUACAAAAUAAAAGUGUUUGACACGGCACCAUGCAGAAUCGAUCUCGUCAUUGUCAUAAUAUAUUGGAUUACAGAGUGGUGGAGCUCAUGAUUUGGAUAAAAUAAUAUCUACCCACUACCCGUGCAAAAUCUUAACCUGCAAGUAACAAGCGGCUCUAGGUGAAAUGGAUCUAUGGAGAACAACAUGAGCUCCUGAAAUGUAGUAAAGAAGAUGUAAAGUAAAAUGGAGAUACUCAAGUAAAGUACAUGCAUGCCAAAUUUGUACUUACUGGAGUAAAAAUUACUUUUUCACCAUCCUGUCGACUCAUUAUUAGUGUGUCCUAUAGGUGACAAAAAUAAGCCAUAUGGUUUAAACAAGCCAGAGAGAGGGAGAGCAGGGAAAGCGAUAGUCAAAGGACUAUUUCCCAAUCUCUCCUUUCUUUGUGCGGCUCUGUGUUCGUUUCUGAUGAAUCAGUUUCUGGCUGUUCAAAAAGUGUCAGAAAACUUUCCUCACUCAAAAACUGUCAUUUCGCAGCCAACUAAAGCACAUGCAUAUCUCCAGUGAUUGUCAUAUGAGAAAAUGGUCGUUACUGUAUUGGAGAAGUGGUACAACGGUGAGGGGAGUUAUGUCAAAUCAAAGCGUGUUUAAACUUCCAGAGAACGUGUUUACAACAUUACAAACUAUUUCAUUGGACCUUGGUGGACCCCUGCGCCCGCUUCCACAACCAUUACAUUAACACAUAGGCUGAUGAUUAUGUCUCUCUUCAUCAGACCCGGGUAUCAGUAAUUGCAUCCAUGUUAAAUUACGCAUUCUUGUGGCCGAGGUUUAUUUAAAAUGACUGAGGAGCCCGACUCCUCUCCUCCGCUGCUCCUGUACGCAGCAGCAACAUGGAAGUAUUCAUCCCCUCUCCUGCCCGGCUGUUUCUGCAGGGCCCUCAGUUUCAGUCGGGGCGGACAAAUGUAUGAGCUCAGGGGGAUUCUCACAGACUCAGUGGCGCCAGGUCUCCACACACUCACAGGAUAUGUAAAGACUUCAAUAACGAGCCAUUAACCCCUAAUCAUCGGGAUCUAUCGGGCGUUAACAAGGACCUCUACAUAUGCAAAUUGCGGUGAGCGGCCGGCCCCUAUAAAAGCUGACCCCGGAGAGGAGCUGCUGCCACACACUCCCUCUGACAUCUGGUGGAUUUACAGGUCACUGAGCAGCACUGCGAACAUGGUGAAGUACUUUUCUGUGGACUGGCUGGCCCAGAGCCAUCACACCACCACUCCGACUGAAGACCACGGAGCUGGCAUGGAUACUGCGCCGACCUGCAGACCUCAUAUCCCCUGCUUGGUGCAGCCGCGUCCCCCGACUUUUGGCAAGGGCUACCUGCAGCCAAAACCCAAACCAUCAAAGCCCGUUGAACACAUGGAGCCAGCGGAGAUCAGCAGGCCUCUGGACUCCAGCCUGUGCUCACCUUCACAUUCAACAAGCUGCGCCUCACCAAUUUCAGAAAUCAGCGGGUACUCCUCCGGGUACGAGAGCGAAGCAGCUUCCUAUGAGUGCCUCUCUGUGGAUGAGGCCAGCGAGGCGGAGAGAGACGGGCCACAGCGCCGCGUGCGCACAAAGUUCACCCCCGAGCAGAUCAGCAAGCUGGAGAAGAUCUUCAACAAGCACAAAUACCUGGACGGUGGAGAGAGGACGAAGACAGCACAGAAGCUGAACCUCACAGAAACUCAGGUGAGGACCUGGUUUCAGAACAGGAGGAUGAAGCUGAAACGGGAGGUGCAGGACUACCUCGCCCCCCAAGUCCCAUCAGUGAUGUUCCAGCCUCUUCCCCCAGUUCAGUACCACGGCAUGGCUGGACAGAGACCCCACUACCCCGCGACCGGCCCGGCCUUUUACCCGCUCCCCGUCCCGCAGAUGGUCCUCCAGCAACCUCUCCCCCCUCACCACCCUCCCCAUGUCAUGAUCCACAAUCCUCACUUCUACUGACAAACUGUCAACUAAGAGACUCUUCCGACUUAGACACUUACAAUCCAAAGAAAGUGCAAUCCAGAGUUGUUUUAUUUAAAAGUUGUAUAUGAUUCACAGAAAUGUCUAUUUAUAACUAAAUAAAGUUUAUCUUCUA